AUGGCCACACCGUCGCGGUCGCUGCCGCGGAGCGCGAGCGGCAGCGCCGAUGCGCAGUCGCCGUUCAGCUCCAACCCCGCCCACCACCCCGUCUCCACGCCCAUCACUCCCGCCGCCGCUUCGUCGUCCUUCGGAUGCAUGGCGGCCACGCCUACCGACUCGCCGCCGGCCACCCCCAAGGAGAAGCCCAAACCGGCGCCGUCGGCGGCGGCGUACUACGCGUCGCUGUGGUCUCCAAGGAGGCUCAUGCAGCGGGCCGCCCGCGCCUUCCACAGCAGCAGGUCGCGCCGCAUGAGGAAGGACGCCGGCGAAGAACCGACCUCGGUCACCAGCAAGGUCUCCGACGCGCCGAGCGUGGUGUCGUCCUUGGAAGCAGAGCUCGCCGUCGAUGCCAAUGGUGGCGGCGCAGCCAAUGUGCAGGAGGAGCACCACCACCUUGAGGUUGUCCCGGAGAAGAUCAUACACGAGGCGAACCAUCAGGCGCCGCCAGUCAUGAAGGAGGUGGAGGAGGAGUGUGUGAAGACGGCGCCGGCAGAGGAGAAGGAUACCGCCGCCAUUGAGGAGGAGGAGCCCAAGAAAGGAGCGGCGCCGGCGCCGAAGGCCGUCGCGGUCGCCGACGGCGUGGCGGACAAGUUCAUGAUAGUGGUGAAGGAGGCGAUCAAAAAGCACGUGGAGCACGCGGCGGAUCAGGACGAGAAGGAGGAGGCGAUGAGGACGUUCCAGGGGAGCCGGGUGAAGACGGCGAUGGAGGCGCGGCCGGAGUCGGAGCAGCCGCGGCGCCGGGAGGUGGCGCGGAGCAACGACGUGAUCGAGGAGGCGCGCAGCAAGCUGCUGGAGAAACGGCAGUUCGGCAGGGUCAGGGCUCUCGUCGGCGCGUUCGAGACCGUCAUGGACGCCAAGCAUGACGCCGCAGCACCACCACCGCAAGUCGGCCUAAACCAAUCCACAACAAAAACACAUGCUCCCUGUUUCGUGUGUCGUACUUUGCCUUAA